AUGAAAUCUGCAGUUUUCUGUUAUAUACUGAAUUUUGAUGUCUCGCAGCACCCGCCUUCGCCUUCUGACACAGCCUCAGUUGGGGCUCAGACGUCUUUUGGGCGACCACGUCAAUCUUCAUUUCAUUUUGCGUCUCAUAUCGUGCAACUGCUUUUUUUAACUGUAUCGUGUUUUUGUUUUAGCAAGCUCAAAAGGCAAGGCAGCAUGUGGCGCCAACUUUGCCUUUCGGCGCUGGUUAUAACCGUUCUCUGUGCUUCGGACCAUAAUCGAGAGGAUCGUCAGCCGCGUUCAGCCGACACUUUCUGGAUCAGCGGUCGUUAUGGACGCUCCCUUCGUGGACCGGCUGAAGCUGUGACGAAUAACAGGGUGGUCCGUCACGCAGAGGUGGAUGCAGACCAACAGAAAAGUAAUAGGUUCUUCUUGACGAAUCGUUACGGGAAGAGAGCUGGGCCGUUGAGUGACAGAUUGGCCAACCGAAUGAACGAUCGCUUCGGGGACAGGUGGAAAAAACAAAUUGUAUGCGACUGCGUUCCCAGAGAGCAUUAUAAAAGGUAG